UCUCCAGCCCCCACUGUCAGAUCUUUUAAAAGACUUUAUGAGGGAGCGGGCGCGGGGGGGAGGGGCGCGGGGCCGGGGGCGGCGGGGGCGCCGGGGCCGGGCGGGGGCCGCGGGCUGGCGUUGACGCGGGCCCACCAUCCUCAGGACGUGUUUCUCAUGAUCCGGCGCCACAAGACCACCAUCUUCACGGACGCCAAGGAGUCGAGUACGGUGUUCGAGCUGAAGCGCAUCGUUGAGGGCAUCCUCAAGCGGCCGCCGGAUGAGCAGCGGCUGUACAAGGAUGACCAGCUCCUUGAUGAUGGAAAAACUCUGGGCGAGUGUGGCUUCACUAGCCAGACAGCACGGCCACAGGCCCCAGCCACAGUGGGCCUGGCCUUUCGAGCAGAUGAUGCCUUUGAAGCACUGCGCAUUGAGCCCUUCUCCAGCCCUCCAGAGCUUCCAGAUGUGAUGAAGCCACAGGAUUCUGGAGGCAGUGCCAAUGAACAAGCUGUGCAGUGAGGGCCCAGGCCCACCCCCACUCCUAAAGACCCAUUCCCUCAAUAAAGAUGAUUUGGCUGUCCAAA